AUGGAGGGUGUCACAAAGUUAUCUGUUGAACAGAUUCAACCUCCUACUUAUGGAAACUUAAUAACCAUUCUUAGCAUUGAUGGUGGUGGCAUUAGGGGUCUCAUCCCUGCUGCAAUUAUUGAAUUUCUUGAAUCUCACCUUCAGGAAUUGGAUGGUGAAGAUGCAAGACUUGCAGACUACUUUGAUGUAAUAUCAGGAACAAGCACAGGUGGCCUUGUUACUGCCAUGUUAGCCGCUCCGGAUCAAAACAACCGUCCACUUUUUGCUGCCAAAGAUAUCAAACCCUUCUACCUUGAACACUGCCCAAAAAUAUUCCCACAACAUAGAGGCAUGGGUGGGAUGAUGUUAGCAAAGGUAAUGAGAUCUCUUGGAGGACCUAAAUAUGAUGGAAAAUAUCUUCAUGACGUUGUAAGACAAAAACUUGGUGACAUUAAGUUGAAUGAAACCAUCACCAACGUUGUUAUUCCUGCAUUUGAUAUCAAGACUUUGCAGCCAAUUAUUUUCUCAUCUUAUCAGAUUAAGAAAACUCCUUGUUUGAAUGCGAAACUCUCGGAUAUAUGCAUUAGUACAUCUGCUGCACCUACUUAUCUUCCUGCUCAUAACUUCAUAAAUAAAGAUGAAGAAGCUGGAAAAGAAGAAGAGUUCAAUCUUAUUGACGGCGGUGUAUGCGCAAAUAAUCCGGCUUUAGUUGCUAUGAAUGAAGUAACAAAGCAAAUCAUCAAUCAAAGUCCUGAUUUUUUCCCAAUCAAGCCUUUGGAAUAUGGUAGGUUUCUGAUAAUUUCAAUAGGGACUGGAACAGCAAAAAAUGAGGAAAAGUUUAGUGCACAAAUGGCUGCAAAAUGGGGAUUAUUGGAUUGGUUAACACACAGUGGUUCUAAUCCUUUGAUUGAUGUUUUUACUCAAUCAAGUGGUGACAUGGUUGAUUUUCAUUUAUCUGCUGUUACUCAAGCUCUUCAUUCGGAAGAUAAUUAUCUUCGAAUUCAGGAUGAUACAUUGACUGGAAUAGAUUCUUCCGUCGACAUUGCUACGGAGGAAAACUUGAAGAAACUUUGCCAAAUUGGUGAGAGCUUAUUGAAGAAACCAGUUUCUAGGGUUAAUUUAGAAAAUGGCCACUUUGAGCCAUUGAAAAGUGGAGAAACUAAUGAAGAUGCUCUCAAAAGGCUUGCAAAAAUACUUUCACAAGAGAGGAGACUCCGCGAAAUGAGAUCUCCGCAUACAAGUAGAGGCCGGAAAAAUCGUCAUCUAGCUUAA